AUGCCGACAAUUCUACCAUUCUUUCUAUUCAACAUCCUAAUUCUAGUACCAAUGUCUGUCUCAGAUUCUAACACCCUUCUCCAAUGUCUUUCUCUCUAUUCACAACCUUCUCAUCCAAUCUCUGAACUCAUCUAUUUCCCUAACAACCCUUCAUAUUCACUCAUCUUAAACUCCUACAUCAGAAACCUUAGAUUCAACACAUCCACUACUCCUAAACCAUUUUUCAUCCUCACCCCAUCUCAUGUUUCCCACAUCCAAGCAUCAAUCUUGUGCUGCAAGAAAUUUAACCUAGAAAUCAGAAUAAGAAGCGGUGGUCAUGACUAUGAUGGUCUUUCAUAUGUUUCGGAUUCGUCUUUCGUUGUUCUUGAUAUGUUCUUGCUUAGAUCAGUGGUUGUUGACUUAAGAGAUGAAACUUUGUGGGUUGAAUCUGGAGCAACAGUUGGUGAGGUUUAUUAUAGGAUUGCUGAGAAGAGUAAAGUUCAUGGCUUUCCUGCUGGGGUUUGUCCGACUGUUGGUGUUGGUGGUCAUUUUAGUGGUGGUGGAUAUGGUAACAUGAUGAGGAGAUUUGGGUUGUCUGUUGAUAAUAUUUUGGAUGCGGAAAUUGUGGAUGUUAAUGGAAGAUUACUUGAUAGGGAAUCUAUGGGGGAAGAUCUUUUUUGGGCUAUUAGAGGCGGUGGUGGAGCGAGUUUUGGUGUUAUUGUUUCUUGGAAGAUUAAGUUGGUUUCUGUGCCUGAGAUUGUUACUGUUUUUAGAGUUGAGAAAACAUUGGAACAAGGGGGUGGUGAUGUUGUUCAUCGGUGGCAAUAUGUUGCUGAUAAGAUGCAUGAUGGAUUGUUUAUUAGAGUUGUGAUUAGUCCUGCAAAGAGAAAAGGUAAGAAAACUGUUAAGGCUAAGUUCAAUGCUUUGUUUCUUGGUAAUGCAGGUGAGUUGCUUGAUGUAAUGAGUGAGGGAUUUCCUGAAUUGGGUUUGGUUGGUGAACAGUGUAUUGAAAUGAGUUGGAUUGAUUCUGUGUUGUUUUGGUAUAACUAUCCGGUGGGGACUUCGACUGAUGUUUUGCUCGAAAGACAUUCAUCACAAGAGAAGUUCUUGAAGAGGAAAUCAGAUUACGUGCAGAAGCCGAUUUCUGAAAUUGAUCUUGAUGGUAUAUGGAAGAAGAUGAUGGAACUAGGAAAGGUUUCACUUACAUUCAAUCCUUAUGGUGGGAAAAUGAGUGAGAUUUCGGAGGUGGAAACACCGUUCCCACAUAGAGCUGGUAACAUAUAUAAAAUUCAGUACUCGGUAAGUUGGAAAGAAGAAGGUAAUGAUGUUGUGAAUCAGUAUUUAGAUCGGAUUCGAAAGCUCUAUGAUUACAUGACUCCAUAUGUGUCCAAGUCACCUAGAAGCUCAUAUUUAAACUACAGAGAUGUUGAUUUAGGUGUCAAUGGAGAUGGGGAUGUUGGUUAUGAAGAAGCAAGUAUUUGGGGUAAGAAGUAUUUCAAAAGAAACUUUGAUAGGCUUGUAGAGGUGAAAACUGCAAUUGAUCCAAACAAUUUUUUCAGAUAUGAACAAAGUAUCCCAUCACUUGCAGUUGCAUCUGAGACUAGUAUUAUGGCAGAAUAG